AUGCCAAAAUCACCGAUACGCUACAUAACGGCCAACUUCUUCGACAAAAUGCCGAAACGGAAGCGAACCGGCGAACCAAGCUUAAACGAUAUACUCGGAAAACACCAGGAUGAUGUUUUUAAAGCAUUGAAGGCGUCAAAAGGCUUCGAGAGGCAGCGGCUGAGCAAGAGAUUGCGAGACCAGGGUAUUUCCCAAGAUAAGAUCCAGCGUCUAGAAAGAGAAAUCGGUGUCCUAAAGGUAAUCAAAUCAAUUGCUGCUUCGCCCGACCUUCCAGAUGAGCUCCGACGUGGAGUAUCGAAACCCGAUUUACCGGAGGACGAGCAAGCCGCACUUCACAAUGUUACAAGUGGACUGUAUAACCGGGACACCGUGAAGCAGGCCGUGCAUCGAGCUGUCAAGGCUGUUUGCGCCAUCCUGAACGUCCCAGUGCCAGAGAAUGCGAAGCGAUCCCGCAAAAAUGAGAGAAAGGAACAGGAAGAGCAACCCUCAGAUCGGAUAGAGCAAACCCAUAACGGGGAUGAGCCCGAACUCUCCGUCGAAAAUGCGUCGGAUCAAUUCGACGACGAGUCAGAAUUCGAAGGCUUCAGCUCAGACGUGGACGAGCCAGGAUCAACAUUGAACAAGGGUGAAGUCGAUAGUGACGCUGAGGCAGAAGAGAGCACUGAAUUUGGCAAGUUAGACGACUUGCUAGGAAGCUCAUCUGACGAAGAGGAAGACUGGAAUAGUGACAAGUAUGCGCAGUUCCGAGGCAAAGAGACGGUCAACUUGGACGACAUUUCAGUUUCUGGCUCUGGUGAAGAGUCUGAGGAGGAACCCACAUCGCAAGCGUCAUCUCCGUCUCCAUCACCACCUCCGGAGAAGAAACAAAAGAAGAACAAAGUAGCAGCCGUCAAGCCCGGCUCUGUCAGGGAUUCCACCUUCCUCCCAUCCCUCAUGGGCGGUUACAUAUCUGGUUCGGAAUCUGCUUCUGACAUUGAGGAAGCCAAGCCAAAGAAGCGCCGCGGACAGCGUGCGCGCCAAGCAAUUUGGGAACAGAAAUAUGGCUCCGGCGCCAAGCAUUUGCUGAAGCCGCAAAAGAAAGGCGGCCGAGACUCAGGUUGGGACAUGCGUCGAGGUGCUGUUGAUGGAGACGACGCUGGGCGGAAGACGCCUUGGAAGAAAGGCAUCCUAAACCCCGUUGCAAGAAAUGGCAAUAAAGGCGACGGUGUACCAGUUCCAGCCCCAAAGCGGGAUGACGAAGGGAAACUGCACCCAAGCUGGGAGGCGAGGAAGAAGGCAAAAGAGUCCCAGAAGGCGACUGCAUUCGCAGGUUCGAAAGUCGUAUUCGACUAG